CAUCCUGGUCACUAAGGAACAAAGCUUGGUUUUUUUUUUUUUAAACAAGGAUGAAAACACAGUGUUUGUCACUUGACAGGGAAUCCAAAAAAAAAAUAGUGUACAUUUUUAAUUACCUCAAGGGUUUGUUACACAUUUAAUUAUUAAAAUUAUGGACAUAACAUAAUUGAAUUAAAAAGCUAAUAAUUUUUUUUUCAUGUGUUUGGUUGUUUUCUGACUAUAUGGUUUGAGACGCGAAAUAGAAGUUGUGUAAAAUUAUUUUUUCAAUUUUAUAGCAAAAGUUUUUGACGGUCCACCCUGUUCCUGGUAUGUGCAUGGACAUUCGGAAAGAAGGUUUCAAAUCUUUAAAAAAAUGAUUAAAGAUUAUAUUGAUGCGUAUCAAGAUUUAUGUGACAAAUUUGAAAAUGAUUUGAAAAAUGAUGACAUUCUACAAGAGUAUCCCUCUAAUGUAACACGUGAUUUUCACAGUUUAAAAUAUUACACAGAUAGUCUUCACAUUUGUAUGAGUCAUCUGCAAGAAACAGAAGAAACUGAACAGCUAAAAGAGCGUUGCCAAAAGAUAUGGAGACAUUUUGAAGACCUUCAAAAAAAAUAUUUAUUACACUAUGCACAGAAUUGCGAAAUUCGAAAGAAAAUUUCAGCCAAAGAUGACGACGUAGCCUUCCAAAACUUUUGUGGUUCCAACCUGGCUUUGAAGGCUGCUUUAUUUGAUGCUAAAAAUUGUGAACAACAGGGUGCUUCCAUAAUGACCAGCUUACGAAAUCAACGCGAAAAUAUACUAUCAUCAAAAGCGAGUGUAUCUGAAAUUGGAAAUGCCUUAACUCAAUCGGACUCUGUCGUGUUUCGUUUAAGUCGAUGGUGGAGGGAUAUUAUUUAAAAAGAGGAACUACAAUUCGUGUUACCUAAAAUUAACGUUUUGAGAAAACUCGACACAUCAAAAUAUACAACAUGUUACAGAACGUUCACCAUGGUUCUUUAAACUUUGAAUAGCGACUCCCUUGAUCUUUCUGUAGAAAAUUCUUGUUUUUUGCUAUUCUUGUGCUUCUUUCUACUCACAGGGAAGGUUCAUUGAAACAUCGCGUCUUGCAAUAUACGUUUCACUUUGUUACAUACUGCCUUUCCGAUCGCUACAUUGAAAACUCUUUUUUUUUAGAGUUUUCAAAUGUUGAAUUUUACAAAGUAGCUUUCUUUAAACAACUUUUCAAUCGUUUUCCUUAGUCUCCAUGCUAAUAUUCUGUUAGUUUACAAGUGAUCGUCAGGAGAAGAAAAAAAUUGAAUGAAACAAACAGAUUAUUUUAUUCUUGUUAAUACAUUAUCAGAGUUAAACACAUAUAGAUUUUUUAAAUGAGUUUAAAUAAUAAACAAUUUCAAAAUGUAGUGUGUUAUUUCUAAUUCCAAGCUAAUUUGUUUAAUUUUUAUAUUGCUUUAUAAAAUUUUCAUUAUAUUUUGCCCUUGCAAAUUAGCAGUACACCAAAAAAGAAAAUCAAACUAGUUAGCUUGUUCUACGCAAACGA